AUGACAUUCCGUCCUCCCUCCCCUUCCGCCCAGUCAUCGAUUGCUUCUGGCACCGAGAAGUCUUCAUCUGCGAGGUCCUCGAGAUCCCAACAGUCAGUCUGGGGUGCCCCGAGCUCACAGUCGGGUCUGCGUCGCGGCUUGACUCCGCUCUCCACUAGCAACAUCUCGUCUUCAACGGCUUCACCCAUUACCUCUCCCUUCUCAGGUGUCCAGAAUUCGGGCACCCGCUCUACUCGCAAACCUCCAUCCCCAGCAGGUACUCCCUCAGCUUUUGCCUUUCAACACGCUGGCUCUCACCCACAGACGCACUCCGCACAUUCCCUUUCUUCUCCCCCUAAAUCCAGGGCGAUUACACCCUCCGCGGGCGCUCAUCUGGCUUCUGCUGCCGGCAACGUCUCAGGAGGAGGAGGAAGUUGGGGAGGAGGUGGGUUGGGAUCCUCUAGAGGUGUCAACUUCUCUCCGCUGUUAUCUGGUCCAACGGUGAACUCCCCGACUGGGUUCCCAUCAGACAAACCAGGUUCUGCUGUGAGCUCUAGUCAAUCUUCCCUGACAAAGAUAUCGAUAGCUCAAGUUUUCCUCCUCCUCGAUUCUAUUACAGACAAGGAAGGAAAAGAGAAGUGGGAAACCAAAGCGGCUCAGAUUCAUAAACUCGUCGACUCCAACGGUAUGGAAGUCUUCUCGAAAUAUUUCCGCCGCCUACUUACAGGCAACGCUCCUCAAAUUUUUCCCGGAAUUAACAAGGUGGUUGAAAAUGCGGGAAACUAUCCACUUCUCGUCCAAGAGAUGCAAAAAGUGUCCCAGGACAUAGAUCAAGCGCAGAAAAUUGCAGAGACCAUUGACUCCUCGGAAGGCGACAUUUUUCGUGAUUUUGACCUAUCGACAUUCCUUGAUCAUUUCAAACUUGAUGCAAUUGUCAAGGUAUCUAUUGCUUUGGCUUUUAAAUUUGCAAGCAGGUCGGAUUUACGGGCAAAAGCCGAUGCUAUAUUGACGAACGCCGUUCCUCACUUCUUGCAUAGCUUGUUGAACCCAACCGAGACAACGAAAGAUUUCAGCGCUGCGUAUCUUGGGCUCACCAUUGAACGUUUUAUACUAUUCCCCCCACGAAACUUCGACGAUGAAGUAAAGAGUCGACUUGUUCAGGCCGCAACUAUGCGCUACCGGAACCAGGGAGUUGAGCUUCCUUUGGACGUAUUCAAUGGACUGCAAAUGUUGGAUUUUGGUGGCCCGCGAUUGUCCAUCAUUCGACAGCUUCACUCCCGAGGGCCCAAAGCAACCGCUUCCCCAGAGGCUGUGAACGAACUCUUGGCUUCUGAGAGUUGGAGCGAAGAAAAUAUUGGAAAUGCCAUGCUCUUUAUGAUUUUGUCGCAAUAUACCCAACAAUAUUCCUUGGAGAAUUUCUUGCACGCCGCCAGGUCACAGUAUGGCGACAAGCCCAUCAAUUGGACUCUUGUUUUGCGUGUCUUUGACCGAGAAUCCCUGAGGAUUACAUCGGGUCAGUUUUCUAGGCUAUAUACAGCAUUGCUGAGUAUCGCAGGCGACGAUCCUAGUCUGGAUAUUCAGAAGCUGUGGGGUGGUGACUGGAAGAAUAGACAGACUCAGAUUUCUUUUCUGACAGCUUACCUAACUUCACAUGUUGACCCGUCACAAAUCCCUAACUUUCGGCCAUCCUUUCCCGAGGACCUGUUUGAGGACGCUCCUGAUGCUGUACGAAUGCAGGCAGAGCUUGCAGAGAAGUCACCAGUUCGAUCCCUUGAUGCUAUCAAGGCAAUUUUCGAUUUGGCUUUAUUCUCCCAAGCAUCUUGGAAUUCUCCAGAGAGCGCCCCACUGAUCAAAAUUGUUUUAUCGCAAGACCUGCCGGUGUUUUUGCUCUCUGCUCUCGCAGUUUCACAACCGUGGACAACCAUUCAACAAAGCCUGGUAUUGCGCACACUAGCUUUCUUUAUACUCAGACAAGAAGAAGGCUUCCAGCUCGCUUUGUACGGUGUAUGGAAGCAAGAUAGGCAGUGGCUUGCAGAGCAACUUUUCACCAUGUUUACCCAAGAUCCAACCUCCACUGCUGCUAUCUACGAGAACGCUGUUGAAUAUGGCUGGUUGGAGUAUCUUUUGAGCUUUGCGAACGGUCUUGCCCUCGACCUUGCCUCUUUAGCACACCGAAAGGGGGACUUUGAUCUUGAAGCCUGGGUAAGAAAUGCUGCUCAAAAGGGCCCCAUGGAUAUGGGCAGUCUUUUGUCCAAGUUCCUCCGUAUCAAGGCUGAAGAUGAACUUCAUGCGCAUCGACCGGAGCAAGCUGCCCCACAGAUGGUCAGUCUUGCUGUCAAGACAGUCUAUACAUUGCUUACAAUCCUGGAAGAGUAUGUUGGCGAUCGUGAAAAUUUGACACCUGUUCAACGUAUCUGUGUCCAAACAUAUCCGCGACUUAUCAAUUACGGAGAAGGGUUUGAUGAAAUCAUCGAUGCCAAUGGAGAGAAAGGCAAUGCGAUCCCGAAAAGCAUUGACGAAAAGAUGCAGGAGCUCUUUGGUAGAAUGUAUCAUGAGGAACUUUCUCUUCGCGAAAUGUUGGAACUCAUGCGGCGAUAUAAAACAUCACGGGAUCCGGCAGAGCAGGAUCUGUUCACUUGCAUGGUCCACGGACUAAUUGAUGAAUACCAUUGUUAUCAUGAGUAUCCCUUGGAGGCACUGACAAAAACCGCAGUUAUGUUUGGGGGUAUCAUAAACUUUAGGCUUAUUGAUGGUAUCCCAUUGAAGGUUGGGCUCGGCAUGAUUCUGGAAGCAGUUCGCGAUCAUCAACCACAUGAUCCUAUGUACAAGUUCGGUGUGGAGGCCAUUGAACAAUUAGUGAGUCGGCUGUCAGAAUGGGUGGGAUUCUGCCAUCUUCUGUUACAAAUACCAAGUCUACAUGGUACCCCGAUAUCUCAGAAGGCCGAAGAAGUCUUAAUGGAACAAGGACACCAGCCAUCUGACGAAGCUGCUUCGAGCAGAGUCAAUGGCAAUGGUGAGGGACAAGGAAUUACGAAUGGUAGCUUGGACGAAAAUGAUCUAUCUCGCACGUUCCGCUCGCUGAAUGUCGGACCACCAUUGCAUCCGGACAUCUACGAAGACCCUGAUGAGGAAGUUCAGGACAAGAUUCUCUUUGUUUUGAAUAAUGUGUCGGAACAGAAUAUUGAGGAUAAACUGCGCGACUUGAAAGACGUGCUCAGGGACCAGCAUUACCAAUGGUUUGCUGCUUAUCUCGUCGAACAACGUGCAAAGUUGCAACCAAAUUUCCAACAGCUGUACCUCGACCUUUUGGAGCUUAUCGGUAACCGGAAACUAUGGGCAGAAGUCCUGCGUGAAACCUACGUCAGUUCCAUUCGUUUGUUAAACGCAGACUCGACUGUGAGCUCUUCAACUGAGCGUAGCCAUUUGAAGAACCUUGGUGCUUGGCUAGGUUUGUUGACGAUUGCCAAAGACAAGCCAAUCAAGCACAAGAACAUAUAUUUCAAAGAGCUGCUUAUUGAAGGGUAUGAUAAUCAGCGCCUCAUGGUUGUCAUACCAUUCACUUGUAAAGUGCUUCUCCAAGCUGCCAAGUCGACAGUCUUCAAACCUCCUAAUCCAUGGUUAAUGGACAUUAUCGGCCUCUUGAUAGAACUGUAUCAUUAUGCUGAGCUGAAACUCAAUCUUAAGUUUGAGAUCGAGGUGCUCUGCAAGGACCUCGACCUUGACCACAAGUCUAUCGACCCAGCGUCUGACAUCCGCGACCGCUCACAACAAGGCGAAGAAGUCUUGUCAACAGCUAAUCUGCCCGACGGUUUGGAAGCGUUGGAGGACAUGUCUCUAGGUAGCAUCAACCAAGGUAUCAGGACCGAGAGACUCUCUCCUGCCGCUGUCCUAUCGACACUUCCCAGUCUCGACAAGAUUCUGGUGUUCCCGUCUUCUGCAAGUAGCAUGAUCGACCCUACCAUUCUCCGCCAAAUCGUUCAUACCGCAGUUGAGCGUGCUAUUGCUGAAAUAAUCACACCAGUUGUCGAACGUUCCAUUGCUAUCGCCUCGAUAUCUACUGUUCAACUCAUCUCAAAAGACUACGCCAUGGAACCAGACGAAGAGAAAGUCCGGCAUGCCGCCAGGACAAUGGUUCGACAACUAGCCGGCAGUUUGGCUCUUGUGACGUGCAAAGAACCUUUGAAAAUGAGCAUGACAAACUAUAUAAGAAUGAUUCAGCAGGAAUAUUCCGAGCAGCCCAUGCCGGAGGGUCUUAUCUUGAUGUGUGUCAAUGAUAACCUUGACGCAGCAUGCGGAAUUGUGGAGAAGGCUGCCGAGGAGAAAUCUGUUCCCGAAAUUGAGAAGAUAAUUGAACCACAAUUAGAAGCACGUCGUCGCCACAGAGCGGCAAGGCCAAAUGAGCCUUUCAUCGAUCCGUCUCUUAUGAAUCGGUGGGGAAUGCUCAUUCCUGAGCCGUAUCGCCAAAUCCCCGGUGGUCUGAACAAAGAACAGUUGGCAAUUUACGAAGACUUCGCUCGUCAAACAAGAGGGCCAACUACAAGUCAUCUACAGAACGCUUCCACGGAUUCUGGCCGCCAGCUGCCUGAUGUUCUUCAGGAGUCGUAUCCAGCCAUACCCAACCUCUCUACCCCCGCGGAGCCUCCAGCAGUACCUCACCAGACAUCCCAAGCCCCACAAGAUGGCCGCCUACAACAAGCCUCAGCUAUGAGCGCACAGUCCCAAUUGAAUGGGUUUAUCGAAAGCCAAAAUCCACGUGAAAAAGUGGAGAUUCUCAUUUCGGGACUCCAACAAGACGCUCGAAGCGCUACCGAGGAACACAUCAAGGACCUCGGUCGAGACAGUGUUGUGAUUCAAGACUACAACCAAAUCCUGCGCUCCAUAAUCACGUCUCCGAACGGCGAAGAUCUUGCGAGGUUGACAUGCUUGAAAAUUUGCACUAGUUUAUACUCUCAAACGGAGAGCCCACUAGAGGUUGAGGUUUUAGUAAGCCUACUUGCUAAGAUAUGCGACAUGUCAUCAAUUGUCGCAAGAUACACUUGGGCGAUACUUUCCGAUGUUGAUGAUGAGCACAUGUUCAACGUUCCAAUCACUGUCGCUCUUAUUGAUGCCGGAUUGCUUGACCUCCGACGUGUAGAUAUGCUACUGAACAAGUUGAUUCUUCAAAAGAACAACAGUGCAUUGGAUCUUUUGGCAAAUCUGAUGGACCGCGUUUUGUUCAAUGACGAACCUUCCGCAUUGAGAUCGGACUUCUCUGGCAGCCUGGAAGCAAUGAAUCAGUGGCUUGUUGAAGAUCCAAACCUCACAGUUGCCACUGAUAUCAUUCGCAAACUACGUGAGUCUGGGGUUUCAGAGGUUGUCAAUCCUUUCUUGAGUGACAAGGCAAGAGCGAAGCGCGACCAAAUGGAAUACAUCUUCAGCGAAUGGAUAGGUGUCUACAAAUUUGCUGGUGCUACAGACCGCACCUUCCAGGCCUUCCUCAAGGAUCUUCACAAUAGACAGGUGAUGAACAGCCAAGAAGACUCAGCCUUGUUCUUCCGGCUAAGUGUUGAUAUAUCUGUUGCCAUGUUUGAACACGAGUCUCAAAACCCCAACGGCAGUCUUGAUGAGGCAUUCCUGUACAUCGAUGCUCUUGCCAAGUUGGUUAUACUGCUUGUUAAGUUCCAAGGUGAAACAACUGGUGCUGUCAAAGGUUCCAAACCCGCGUAUCUUGAUUCUGUUCUUUCUUUGUUGGUGUUGGUUCUUAAUCACCAUCAAGUCAUGCGGGGCGACGCAUUCAACCAGCGAGUUUUCUUCAGGCUUUUCUCGAGCAUUCUCUGUGAAUAUUCCCUAUCUGGGCUUCACCUGAGUGAACAACACCAGGACAUGAUGUUCGCAUUUGCUAGUAGAUUCCUCUCUCUACAGCCCAAGUAUGUUCCAACUUUUGUGUAUGGCUGGCUGUCUCUGGUCUCGCAUCGCGUUUUCAUGUCAGGCAUGCUGAACAUGGGUGAUGAAGCGGGCUGGGCACCAUAUUGCGAAAUCAUGCAGGUUUUGCUAUCAUACAUGGGCGAGCAGUUGAAGCCAGGAAAUGUAUCCUACGUGGCCAAAGACCUCUACAAGGGUGUGCUGAGAAUUCUUUUGAUCCUACAUCAUGACUUCCCAGAAUUCGUAGCAGAAAAUCACUUCCAAUUCUGCAACGUCAUUCCCGCUCAUUGCGCUCAGCUACGCAAUCUCAUUCUGAGUGCUUACCCGUCGUCUUUCCACAAGCUUCCGGAUCCAUUCCGCGAAGGACUGAAAUUGGAUCGACUUUCAGAAAUGCGAGAGGCUCCAAAAAUCACGGGCGAUAUUGUUGCUCCUUUGCAACAAGCAAACAUCAAGAGCACAAUUGACUCGGCACUACAAAGCAAUGCGGUCAGCGAUGGCGUCAUCCAAUCAAUCUGCGAUGCUCUAUACAAGCCUGGCGAUCAAGAUACCGGCCUCUUCCUGACCCCUAUCCAUGUCGAUGUUGUUCUGAUCAACGCCUUUGUUUUGUACAUUGGUCAGCAUGCUGUGGCAUCUAGUGCGUCUAAAGGGAACACACGAGCUGCUUUUGAUGAGUCGCCUCAUCUGAUCUUAAUCGACAAGUUAGCCAAAGUACUUAAUCCAGAGGCUCGGUACUAUUUACUAAGCGCAAUGGCAAAUCAACUGCGAUAUCCCAAUAGCCACACUUACUAUUUUAGCUUUGCCAUCCUACAGCUAUUCGGAAUCGAUUACUCUGAGCAACAAGACUCAGAUAUUCGUCAGCAGAUCAUCCGGGUCUUGUUGGAACGACUUAUUGUCCAUCGCCCACACCCUUGGGGUUUGAUCAUCACUCUCCAGGAGCUCCUCCAGAACCGGAGCUACACAUUCUUCAGACUGCCGUUCAUACAAGCAGCGCCUGAGAUUGGCCGUCUCUUCGAUGCGCUUCUUCAGCACAUUCAGCAACAGAGCCCUCGAGUUCUGUCUUAA